UCCGUACCAUGGAGUCGUCGUCUAUUCGAUCUUUUCAUUUCACCUUCAGUUCUAUUUAUACCAAAUCGAUUCUUGUCUUUGGGCAGAAAUGGCUUCCGAAGCUCCCGUCCUUCCUCUCCUUACCCCUCACAAGUUGGGAAAUUUCAAUCUAUCCCACAGAGUUGUUUUGGCCCCACUGACUCGACAGAGAUCUUACAAUUAUGUUCCUCAGCCUCACGCUAUCUUACAUUACUCUCAGCGAACUACCAAGGGGGGUUUAUUGAUAUCUGAAGCUACUUGUAUCUCCCCCACUGCUAUAGGGUAUGCUGAUGUACCAGGCAUAUGGACAAAAGAGCAAAUAGAAGCAUGGAAGCCCAUUGUGGAUGCAGUCCAUGCCAAAGGUGGCAUAUUUUUCUGUCAGAUUUGGCACACUGGAAGGGUUUCAAAUUCAGGUUUGCAGCCAAACGGGCAAGCCCCAAUAUCUUGUACAGACAAGGGACUGACCCCACAAAUUCAAAGUGAUAGCAUUGAUGUUGAACAAUAUACACCACCAAGGAGGUUGAGCGCUGAUGAAAUUCCCCAAAUUAUCAAUGAAUUCAGACUCGCUGCUAGGAAUGCUGUGGAAGCUGGUUUUGAUGGGGUUGAGAUUCAUGGUGCCCAUGGUUACCUUCUUGACCAAUUUAUGAAAGAUCAGGUCAAUGAUCGAACAGAUGAAUAUGGUGGAACACUGGAGAACCGGUGCCGCUUUCCUUUGGAAGUUGUUAAAGCUGUUGCUGAUGAGAUAGGGGCAGAGAGAGUUGGAGUUAGAUUAUCACCUUUUGCAGAUUAUAAUGAAUGUGGAGAUUCCAAUCCUAAAGAACUUGGCUUAUACAUGAUAAAUUCCCUAAAUAAAUACGGUAUUCUGUACUGUCACAUGGUGGAACCAAGAAUGAAGACUCAAUGGGGAAAAGUUGAGUGCCCUCACAGUCUUGUGCCAAUGAGAAAGGCCUUCAACGGAACUUUUAUUGUUGCUGGAGGCUAUGAACGUGAAGAUGGGAACAAUGCAGUGGCAGAGAACCGAGCGGAUCUUGUUGCCUUUGGUCGGUGGUUCUUGGCGAAUCCAGAUCUGCCAAAGAGAUUUGAGCUUGGUGCUUCUCUCAACAAGUACCGUAGAGAGACUUUUUACACUUCUGAUCCUGUUAUCGGUUACAAUGAUUAUCCACUUCUUGAAGACAGUUCUUAACUAUAAGCCUUUAGAUGUGAAAGGUGGUUCUUGAACUGUUCAAUUUCAGUGUUGGGUGCAAUAAUUUUACGAUGUGACAAAAAUAAAAAUGAAAAAGAGAAGAGCAGCAUUGAGCAUCAGUUAGUCGCUUUUUGUGCCUUUUCAUUUCCGCUUGGUGACUGGUAAUGUUUUUCUGUUUGGAUACUAGUUUGGUAGUCUGGGAGCUCAUAGAAUUGGUAUGGUUUGUAGCCGCCAUUAUACAAUGAUAUUUUUAGCCAGAUGAGUGCAUAAAAGUUCCUUGUUUUGGCUUCAUUUUAUGAAUAAAUUAUUUAUAGCUGUUGUUUGCCUCUUUAA